UGGUGUCAUAAAAAAAAACAAGAACCCGAUGCACACAAGAGAGGGUUCUUCUCAGCCUCUCUUUCUCCUCUCUCUCUCUUUCUCUGUAAUGGAAUCCAGGGUUUGUUGUUGAUCUCUUACGCCAUGGUCAAGACACAGUAACUCUUUAUGUGAAAGGUUUUGUUUUUUUUUUGUCUGCAAUUCAAGAAGAGAGGUUUCAGUUGUCUCUUGUCCGUAAAGAGAAGUCUUGUUUGGUUUUCUUGCGAAGAAUUAAAAAGUUGAGACCAUUUUGCUCUUGUUUUGCUCUGGUUCCAAGAAGAGAAGUCUUGUUUGGUUCUUGAGAAGAAACUAAAGAAAAAUGGAGAAAGAAUCAUUGUUUGAUGAUAUAAAGUUAAGUGAUGAAGAGAUAUACUACCCUGAUGAGUCAUACGAGAUGGAAACUGAGACCAAACACAAGAAGGAAGUAGGUGAAGGGACGAGUAAUGUUGUUUUUUCAAGAGAGGCACCUUUGAUAAGUAAGGUUCCACCUGGCAAAUGCUGUGGCUGUGGUUCAAAGAAACUUAAUUUCAAAGGCAGUGAAGAUCUCAUUGACAAGGAAAACAAUGUUCAGCAGAAAAAGCUUAAUAGACAGGAGAGAAUCGAAUUAGGACGUGUCUUCCAAGGUGCUGUGAUCUCACUGGAUUGGGAACAUGCUGAGAGGUUGAUUCAGUUAGCUGAUACACAAACUUUGAAUGAUUUUCUGUGCGUUGGUUUAGAUUCUGUUUGGUUCUUGACUACAAAGCAAGAGUUUCAGGGGAUUACUGGGUUGAUUAAGAAGAUCAUAUGUAAUGGUGCUCAUGACUUUACAAGAGCUACUCUUAGGACUUCGUUUCUAGCUUCAUGUGUCUCUGCUUGCCAGAGCAGGACAAUGAGCCUUGCUGAUAGUGUUACUGUAAUGGCUCAAAGGUUGAAGGAGCGUCUCCAAGAGUGUAAUGGAGAUGAGAUUCUGAAAGCAGAAGCUGGUGCAAAAGUUCAAAAGUUCACUGAAUGGGCACUCAAAUGCAUAGGUUUCCACUCCAGAUGCCAAGGAGCAAGAGAAAGAGUUAGCCACAGCUCAGCUACUGAGAUUGAGCUACAGCUUUCUGCUUUCAAGAUGUUUCUUGAUCUUGCAGGGAACCAUCUCUCAGGAAGAGACUUCACUGAGGCCUUUGAUGCAGCUUGUUUCCCUCUCACUUUGUUUUCAAACUCUUUUGAUCCUGGUUGGGCGUCUGGAAUCUCAGCUACAGUUAUACAGGGACUGCUUGGUAUGCUUGUUGAAGGUGGUGCUGAUAAUGUGAAUCAAUGUUUUCUUGAAGCUUCAAGGUUUGGUAGUACAGAACUUGUCCGCGUCUUGUUGCAUAUUGCUCAAAGGAACAGCUUAGAUGUGGAUGUGGACUUAGCUCUUGGUUUCGCCUCUCAUUACUGUAAACUCGGAACAAUGAAGUGUUUAGUGGAAGAAGGUAAUGCCAUUGCCUUCUUAGGUCCUUUGAUGAGAGCAGCAGAGAGAGGCUGUAUGCAAGUUGUGCAAUGGUUUGUGAAAAGAGGUUGUCGUGACAUGGAGCUUUGUCUUGCUCUAACAGCCGCCACUUCAAGUAGCCAAGUAGAGGUCGCUGCUUAUCUCCUCCCUUUUGUUCCUUCGCCUGUCUUAACAGCUCUAAGCAUCGAAAUCCUCAAAGCAGCUGGAGAAAGAAGUGGAGGGUCUCUCCAAGGAGUGGAGUUUCUUCUCAAAUCAGACUUCUUAGGAGAUCCAACGGCUACAUACUCAGUUGCAGACAGUAUAGCAAAGUCGUUAGAAGAUGAAACCGUUCCUUCUAUUCUUAAGUCGUUUCUCCGUGAGCAUUGGUCGGAAUCAGCUUUUGAGAAAGGAAUGAGAGAAAGCUAUGAGAAUUUCAUGAACUUUAUGAGGGUGUUGAAGAGAGGAGAGUGUGAUAUAUCUUUAAGAGACCUUCCUGCUCCACUAAGAGUAGCUAUUGCAUACAUGCCGCUGUAUAGAGAGUGUGUGAAUGCGGGAGGGAGGUUACUCUCUCAGAGGUUGAGAGGACAGCUUGUGGAAGCUGUGAGACAGCUUCAAGGAUGUGAUGUUGCUGUUGUGGAAGUAAGCGAGACUCCUCGCCUCAUGGCGGUUUUGGAGCAUCACCUUACUGCCAUUUUCUGUUAAACCAUGGAAGACGCAAGAAGACAAGAGUUAACACAAGCCUCUCAGCAAAAUGGAUCUGCUUUGGACACAUUUUCUACGAGUAGUUGGAAAAAUAAGAAUGGUGAGAAGAAAUAAAAGAGUAAGAUUUAAGGAAUGUGGUUUGAUAUGAUGCAUGUUUUUAUUUCUUUGUUUUGUAUAUUUUUGUUCUUCCUAUAUAUAUUUGCUUACUUGAUGUAAUUUCUAACUUACGUUUGUAUCAUGAGAUCGUUAUUAACUUGAUGUUAUGGCAUUUUCAGUCUCAAAAUGAGUAAAUGUAUAAACCAUCUUCAAAAUGAGUUUAAACUGUAC